AUGGGACAGUUAUCCCAUACACCAUCUCAGGCGUUAAAGAAGGUUCCAAGUUGUUCUCACUGUCUUGCAAAGAAAUUUGAACACGAGCCUCCGACUUUUUGUUGCUCAAAUGGCGAUGUGAUCUUAACAUCUACUCUUGUCCCAGAUGAGUUGUACAAAUUAUUCACAUCCCAAACUGAUGCCUUCGCGAAGGACUUCGUCGAUACAUACUUAUACUUCUAUGACACUGACAAUGAGUUACAAAAUAGAAUGAAUAUUUUAAAUGACUCGAACUUAAGUGAACCUAUUGUUGCAAAGUUGAUGAACAUAUUGUCGUCAAAUCCGAAUGCUCAGUUCCUUCGUAGGUUAAAGGAUAUUCCCGUUUCAGACAACCAUGAAAUUGUUAUUAAAAAUGAUGUUCAACUUGAUCAAAGGGUUUUCAAUUCGCCAACAACAGACCAAGUUGCAGCUGUUUGGAUAGAAGGAGCAUACCCUGACAUGCGCUUAGAGCGUGACAUAAUUGUCGUUGCACACUCCGGCAGAAAACACAGAGUGAGACACUAUUUUGGAUGUUAUGAUCCACUGCAAUAUCCUCUACUAUUCCCAUAUGGUGAGAUCGGAUGGCAUCGUAAUAUCAAGAAUCGUCGUCAGCCAUACCCUGGGACAGAUAUUACACAUGAAGAUGAUAUCUUCGAUGAUUCCAUUAUGACAGGAUCUAGAGAAGGUGUCGAAGGAAGGAGAGCUAAAAAAAUUUCAUGCAGACAAUAUUAUUGUUACAAGCUUCAAAUCCGCAACCAGGACCGAUCAAUUCUCUUAUAUGCCGGGAGAUUGUUGCAACAAUAUAGUGUUGAUAUGUACAUUAAGAUUGAAACAACACGUUUGGAUUACUAUCGAACUGAACAAUCACAUAUUCGUACCGAGCUAUAUCAAAGAAUUGUUGAUAGUGUUGUGGCCGGAGAAAAUAGAGGAAAUAAUGUUGGGAAAAGAGUGGUUCUUCCUUCAUCCUUCAUUGGAGGGCCUAGGGACAUGCAAAAGAGAUAUUAUGAUGCGAUGUGUUUGGUUCAAAGAUUUGGAAAGCCAGACCUUUUCAUCAUAAUGACAUGCAAUCCUGAUUGGAAUGAGAUCAAAGAGGAGCUGAAAUCGGGACAGUUAGCUCAGGAUAGACCAGAUUUAACAACAAGGGUGUUUCGAGCAAAGCUAUAUGACCUUAAGAAACAAUUAUUUCAAAAACUCAUAUUUGGAAAAGUGGUUGCACAUGUUUAUGUGAUUGAAUUUCAAAAAAGAGGAUUACCACAUGCACACAUGUUGCUUAUAUUUGAAUCUGAGCAUAAGAUUACAAAUGCAGAUCAUUAUGAUAAGUUUGUCUAUGCCGAAAUCACAAAUGAGAAUGAGAAUCCAACACUUUAUGCUAAAGUAGUUAAACACAUGAUGCAUGGGCCUUGCGGAGAUUUAAACGUAAAGAACGCUUGCAUGAUGGAUGGUAAAUGUAAAAAUCAUUAUCCUCGACAGUUCAAUGAGCAAACGAUACAAGGUCAAGAUUGUUACCCUAUAUACAGAAGAAGAAAAGAUGGUCCGACAGUUAGUGUGCGUAAUGCAACUUUAGAUAAUAGAUGGGUUGUUCCCUAUAAUCCAUAUCUUCUGCAGAGGUACGACUGUCAUAUUAAUGUUGAGAUAUGUUCAGGGUUGUUAGCAAUCAAGUACCUUUAUAAAUAUAUUUACAAAGGGCAUGAUCGAGCCACAGUUUACUUAUCAAACACUGAUAGUGAUGACAUUAUUGAUGAAAUAAAAGACUAUCAAGAGGCAAGGUGGGUAUCACCACAUGAAGCAAUGUGGAGAAUUUUUUAG